CCCUGCGUGACGCCAUGGUGAAGAUCGCAGUUUUAUGUUAUCGUAGCAUGUAAAUUAAAGUCGAGACCGAGCAAGCUGGGAUAAAUGGCAGGGGCGGGGGAGAAAGCAGUAUGCGAGAGUCAAGCAACAACGCAUCGAGUGAAGCUCCGACUGUCUCCCUUUGCGGAAGGCGGUCAGCCAGCCCCGACGGCGCAAGUGUAGUUCCCCUCUUGCGGUCAUCACUGUUCCUCCGGUUCCUCGACUCCUUCCGGCUUGAUUUGCGCCUCUCAGGUUUCCUUGUCAUCCCCGUAUCCAGUUGCUUGUGGAUGGCAGCAUCUAGACUUCUGGUUAUCGACACCCAAUUGCGCCUCCUUCAUCACCACUUGUUCCCGAAGCUCCUCGGCUGAUUUGCUAUACAUAUCUCUCGUUAGACCUUCCGCUAGUAUACUGCGCGUGAUGCCUGGCCAAUUCAUUGGCUCUUAAUUGAUCCUCAGAUUCACCCCAAGUUAGCUCGUGAUGCCUGACAGUCACGCCUCGCUCCGCUCCUGUUUACGUCUUGCCU